AUGGCUCCAGAGCUUGCUGAUGAACCAACGCGCAAGGUCGUGAUGUUGGUGUUGUGUUAUCUUCACACGUCCGCGGCCAAACCUCCACUGGCCUACUCUAAAGACGUAGAGACAACCCUUCGGUCACUCCUUCUCACUAACUACUCGGUUGACCAGCGUCCGGCAGAGAGAGUGGUCAUCACGGUGUCUCUCACACUCAUCACUAUCAAUGAGAUGGACAUAAAGGGUCAGGUCCUGUCCAUAUCCGGGUAUUUUAACUUGGCGUGGCCUGAUAGUCGCCUAUCAUGGAUAGGCCUACCAGAUUAUGGCAAUAUCCGCUUCCUGUUCAGUUCCCAAAGUUACGUAUGGAGACCAGCUCUUGUCGUUGACAACUCGUAA